AUGCAUGACGAUUCACAAGAUAAUGAACAUAGUAAAAAACAUAAAAUAGGACAUUUACGUGUUGAUAAUCAAGGAAAUGCAACAUUUAAACGUUUACCAACUAAUCAACUUGUUGAUGCCCUUCAAUUAGGUAUACAACAUAGUGUUGGUGGUCUAGAAGCAACACCAGCACAUGAUGUACUUUAUCAAGAUUUUCUUACUAUUGAAAUAAUACAUUUUCCAAAAGCUGGAAAAAAUACACCAAAAGCUACACCAUCACAUCGUUUUAAUGAUUUUAUAAUUCGUUCAUAUGCUCCUGUUGCAUUUCGACAUUUUCGAGAAAAAUUCAAUAUUAAACCAGAAGAUUAUUUAUCAUCAAUAUGUAAACCAUUUCGUGAAUUAAAAAAUCCUGGUGCAAGUGGAAGUUUAUUUUAUUUAACAUCCGAUGAUGAAUUUAUAAUAAAAACAGUACAAAAAAAAGAAGCAGCAUUUUUAAAAUCUCUUCUUCCUGGUUAUUAUAUGAAUGUUACACAAAAUCAACGUACACUUUUACCAAAAUUUUAUGGUCUCUAUUGUUAUCAAGGUGAAAAUAAAAAUAUUCGUAUAAUUGUUAUGAAUAAUUUAAUUCCAUCACAUAUUUAUAUGCAUGAAAAAUAUGAUCUUAAAGGUUCAACAUAUAAACGACGAGCAAAUAGUGAAGAACGACGUAAAGAAUCUCCAACAUGGAAAGAUUUAGAUUUUAUGGAACGUCAUCCAAAUGGUUUAAUACUUGAUUCUGAAACAUAUGAUGCUCUAGCAAAAACAGUUAAACGUGAUUGUCGAGUAUUAGAAAGUUUUCAUAUUAUGGAUUAUUCAUUUUUAAUUGGUGUUCACUAUCCUAAUGUACAUAGAGAUUCACCAAAAGAUCCUACCGUUGCAAGUGGUUUAUCAAAUGAUUCAUCAUUAGUAACAGCACCAUCACUACGGAGAAUGUAUUCAACACCAAUGGCAAAUAUUCAAGCUGAAUUUGAAGAACAUAAUAAACCUGAUGAUGAUCAUUUGGCUAAAACUGGUGGUAUUCCAGCAUUAACAGCUGAUGGUCAACGUGUAUAUCUUUAUGUUGGUAUCAUCGAUAUAUUACAGUCAUAUCAAUUACGAAAAAAACUUGAAAAUAAAUUUAAAUCCGUUAUUACAGAUGGAUUACAAAUAUCUGUAACACAUCCAAGUUAUUAUUCUGAACGAUUUCAAAAAUUUCUAUUUACUAACGUAUUCAGAAAAGCACCACCAAGACUAUCAAAAUCAAGUGUAAUGAUAGGACAAAGACAAACAAUACAUAAUCUUCAUACGAAUCCAUCAUCGAAUCAUACUCCUUCGAUACAGUCAUUGAACAGUAUACCUCAUUUUAUUUCAUCGAAUGUAUAUGAUACAAGUUCAAGUUCAAGUACAGAAAUAACAAAUAGUCCUUUAACAGUAAAUGGUUCAUCAAUACGAUCAUCAAAACAAAGUGAACAAAGAAAUAUUCAUGGAAGUUCAACAACAUUUAAUACAAGUUCACAUCGAUCAGAUUCUUUAUAUGAUGAACCAAGACAUAUAUCAUCAGGAAGAAUUAUAACAACAAAAUUUGAUAGUAAUCAUACAGAUAAUUCAAGAAUGAAAUUUUAUAGAGAUUUAUCAACACCACCAAUUAAUGAUGAUAAAAAACGUCAUAAUUUAUUACAGAAGAAUGGAAAUGUUGUAAACAAGUUUACAUCACCUACUACUAAUUUAUCACAUCGAAGUCAUAUGUAG